GGGCGACCGGACGAACGUUUGGCGUGUGCGCGCUGACGGACACGUCCGACGGGGACACCCCGUUGAUAAGAGGAGCUUCGGCGCUUAUUUGGUUCCUGUAACACCCAGAACGCUGCAAACGCCAGCUGGUCCAGUUCAUAUUGAUGCUGGUGGAGGCUCAAUUAUACUCUUCCCACCAACUCCGCCUGUGCCAAGCCCACCUCUCCUCCUGCCAUGGCGAUGAGCAGUGAGCCUGGCAUCGAGAGGCUGGAGUCCAGUUCUGAAGAACAGAGCACCAGUCUCACAGACAUGCUGGCCGCCAUGUCCACGGAAGAUCUGGGUGGUUCUGUGAGGAAUGGACGUGCAAAACUGGACAGGGAUCAGCCCAAAAGGACUCAACCAUCACGUCCUCAGUUGUCUGGGAGGAAGUUCUCUCUACAGGAGAGAGGCACUUACCUCUCCUCCGGAGGGGGCGACACACACGUCUCCCCUCGGGUGGCUCGAAGGCCCACGGUGGAGUCGAAACGUGUGUCCAUAUCAGACUCUCAGGAUUGUAUCCAGUUGAACCAGUAUAAGUUGAAGAGUGAAAUUGGAAAGGGUUCCUAUGGUGUGGUCAAACUUGCAUACAAUGAGGAUGACGACAAACAUUAUGCCAUGAAAGUGGUAUCCAAGAAGAAGUUAAUGAAGCAGUGUGGUUUUCCACGUCGUCCACCCCCAAGAGGACCCAAAGCAGUCCAAGGAGAGCAGUCCAAAUUCUUGGGACCACUGGAAAGAGUCUACCAAGAGAUUGCCAUCCUCAAAAAACUUGAUCAUGUCAACAUUGUUAAACUAGUGGAGGUGCUGGAUGAUCCUUCAGAGGAUAACCUUCACAUGGUAUUCGAGCUGAUGCGUAAAGGGCCAGUGAUGGAAGUCCCCACAGACAAUCCCUUGUCAGGGGAGCAGGCAAGGUUAUACUUCCGAGACGUCAUCCUUGGCAUAGAGUACUACUCACCUGGUGUGGGUCGUGACCGAAAGAACAAGAUCCGGAUACAAGAUACUCCUCCGCAGUGUGUCCGGGCUCUUCCUUCGAGAACGGUGCACUACCAGAAAAUUGUACACCGGGACAUCAAGCCUUCGAAUUUGUUACUGGGGGACGACGGCCAUGUAAAGAUUGCAGAUUUUGGAGUGAGCAACCAGUUUGAGGGCAAAGACGCUUUGCUGUCCGGCACAGCUGGUACUCCUGCAUUCAUGGCGCCCGAGACCUUGUCAGACAAACGCAAGAGCUUCAGUGGAAAAGCACUGGAUGUUUGGGCCAUGGGAGUCACUCUCUACUGUUUCAUCUUUGGAAAGUGCCCAUUCAUAGACGAGUACAUAUUGGCUUUGCACAAUAAGAUAAGGACGAAACCUGUGGAUUUCCCAGAAAUACCAAAAAUGAACGAGGAGUUGCGGACUCUGAUCUUGCGAAUGUUGGACAAGAACCCAGACUCCCGAAUCACCAUCUCUGAGAUCAAGGUGGACCAAUGGGUGACUCGGGGGGGCACUGACCCCCUGCCUCUGGAGGAGGAGCACUGCUCUGUGGUGGAGGUGACAGAAGAAGACAUCAAGAACUCGGUCAAGUUUGUUCCCAGCCUUUCUGCUGUGAUCUUGGUAAAAGCCAUGUUGAGGAAACGCUCCUUCAGCAAUCCAUUUGAGUGCCCGAGUCGGAGGGAGGAGAGGUCUAUGUCUGCACCCAGCAGCCUCCUCAUGGACUCUUGGCCUUGCCGGCCAGCUUUAAAACUGCACCCAUCACUCAGAAAGAGCAGCACAGGUGACGGACCCAGGGAAGGAGAGCUCGAGGACCUGCGUGAAGAUGAACCCACCUCUUGAGUCUUAAUGAUGCUUGUUUUAGUUCAACUUCUUUUCCCCUCCUUCUGCUUCAACCAUUGCGCGCUUGUCACUUCAUGUUCUACACAGCAAACGGGCAUGGGAAUUCAAUUUUUGCUUUUUUAUACUCGGGCUCGCUUUUGUUUGCACUUCGCGUUGGCCUCAGAGUAACGCUAUUCCACUCAUUUCCUCUUUGUAUGUUGGUCUGUUCUGGGGAAAGGACCAGGACUUCGAGUUUGAACACCAUGUUGGACUGGAGGUUUUUUUUUUGGUUUU